AUGAAUGCAUAUGCUAUUGCCAUUGAUAAGGCGGAUUCAAUUCGUGCAUACAGUUUAUAUGAUAUCGAACUCCACACAGCACUGCAGUGUGCGGCCUGUCAGAACGAGUGUUCAGUCACAAUCGGUACUCGCUCCCGUUCGAACAAAUUUCUGGUCGAUUCGAGGGCGGAUAAAACUUCAUGUGUUGCCUUGUGCGAAAAUGACCUUCAAUUGCAGUCGGCAGUGGAAUCAGUAGAAUACCACGAGGACGCCUCUGUCCUCCUCGAAAUACCGGCCUUUGAGGACAUUCUCCAAAAGGCCAACGUAACGUCAGUCGAGGCUCACAUGGCACAAGGGAAUAUGGUUCACCUUGAAGACUCCUCUGCCGUCCUGGAACCACAGGCUUUGGGAGACCUCGCAGAAGAAGCCAAGGUCACGUCAGUCGAAGAUGAAGUUAAUUCCCAAACGGCAAAAGAGAUAGCGGCUAACCUGGACGAAUCCUGCGUCGUCCUGGAACCACAGGCUUUCGAGGACAUUGUUCAGAAAGCCACUGCGACAACAGUGGAGGAUGAACUUAAAGCCCAGACAGAGCAAGAACCUGUUACCUACAUGGUCAAAUCUUCAAUCGUGCCCAACACACAGGCGUCUUGCGACGUGCAACAGAAAUUCGAGGUGAUAUCAGCCGAGGAUACCACCGGUAUGGACAAAAUAUUUCCCGUUGAGUUCAGUGACCCACUGAAUUGGUUGCCAGUGGUUGGUGGCGAUCAGCCAGCUGCCAGCAAUCCAACGCGUCCAGGUGGCGAAUUGGAUAACGCGGAAAUGGAUAAAGUGUUUCCAAUAGAGUUCAGCGAUCCACUCGAAUGGUUGCCACCGUGUGGUGACCAACUGGUUGCCGGCACUGAGACACGUCCCUCUGGCGAAUUUGACUCGUUUGCUCAGGAGCCAUGUGAACCACCGAAUAUGCUCGUGCGAAUAGCUUCCGGAACCCAUCCAAUUCUUCCUCCAGAUUACGAAUCGCAAACCAUGGAGCAGGCAGAUCAGUCAACAAGUUAG